AUGGACAGCAACUUUGGCAUUUACAUCUCGUCUCCUCUCGUCACCUUCAUCGUCGGCCCUACAAGGAAGAAAAUCACUGUACACUCCGAUCCCCUAGCCAGCCUAUCAUCGACACUACACUGUCUCCUAAACGGCCCAAUGCUAGAGGCAAAGACUCAUCGUGUCGACUGGUCGGAGGUGAUCGAUGAGGAUACAUUCAUUCGGUUGUGUGAGUAUGCUUACGUGCGCGAUUACACGCCACCGUCGUGCACGGAAAGGUCUUACCAGACACUUGUAUCAGCAUCAGGGAUGGCAGAGAAACAAACUGAGGCUAGUGAAUGGGGCUACCGCUCGAGCCUCGAACCAUCAUCUGACCAGCCACCAGCAGAAACCCCUUGUGAGAAUUACGCCGACGAACCAAUGGCCUUAGAAGCGGAGGCAGAAGAAGAAGUGGUGCAGACUCCUGAUCUCUUCUACGGGUAUGCAUUACCCUACAGAGAAAAAAGUAUCUGGAGCCGCCAUCUGCGGGACAGGGGCAAUUGUGAUCCUAAAAAUGAUUUCACGCCUGUCUUUCUUGGACAUACGAAGCUAUAUAUUUUGGCUGAUAAGUAUGGUAUUGUUUCGCUUGCGGACUUGGUUCUGGGUAAGCUGGCGAUGACCUUAUCAUGCUUCACACUGUGUGAAGAUGAUAUAGAUGUAGUAGCUGAGUUGGUUCGGGCUUCUUAUCAAGAUACAAUGCCGAAUGAUGCUCUUAGGACAUUGGUUACAACCUAUAUUGUAUCUGUUCUUGGGCAAAUAGGUGGAAAUACCGGGUUCCAGAAGCUGCUGUCGGAGGGUGGGGAUUUUGUCGUCGAUUUCUGGCAAAUUAUCUGGAAAUAA